AUGGCGAUGAGUGCUGUCAAGCACCCAACUGCACAUGCACAAAUCGUUUUGUCGAACGACUUUAUAAGGUGGCACAUGCGUCGAGCCUGGCUAAGGCAGACCAUAUCGAGUGAACAUCAACAGGCUCCCUUGGUCCAGGGUCCUAUCUCUGUGGGGGCCAGCUUUUAUGAUGUGAAAUCAAACACUACCAUCUCGGCGUUUUGGGUCCGCGAGUUUGUAAAACAAAGGUUGUACGUGGGGUGCAUGGAUGUGCGGCGUCGCAAUGGACUGGAGGGGGGGAUCAGGAUGGUGCUUUCCAUGGCUGUACAAGCGGCCUGUGAAUAUGGCCUCCGAGAGGUCAUCCUGUGGGACCCAUCGGCUCAAAUCGUGGAGCAAGCCCAAAGACUUGCCGCUGAAAUUGGCCAUGGCGUGACGGCAACAUGUGAAAAUCGAUCCGAGAUGAUACCAUGCUUCCGAUGGCACGGAGGAGAGUCGAAAGAGGUGACAUGGACGGAAAGCGGAUACUUUGGCUCUGCCUGA